AAAAACACUGUCUAAGCAAAAUGCCCGCCGGAGUUUCCUGGGGCCAGUACAUGAAGUUCCUCGGCUGUGCCCUGGCAUCCAUGAUGGCCGGAUCGCAGGCUGUCCACCUUUACUAUAAGCCUCUGGAGGACUUGCGCACCUACAUCGAACAGGAGCAGCACAGCACACAGGUGGAUCCCACCGCUAAGCCAACGGAAUCUGCCUAACACUGUGUACUAGACAAGUUAUUGGUGACUAAAGCUAUUUAAGUGAA